AUGGCAAUUCGGGCCAUGAACAGAGAGCAGAAUUCGGAUUUAGAUACGAAUUGCGGCAGAUUUGACCUCCGCGACACAGCUGAAUUGACAAACUAUUCGCGAUCCGAACGCAGACAAGCAAAAGCCGCAAGUAAAUUGCCUAGCGAGAUGGGAUUUCAAGAAAGACCUGCUUUUCAGAAAGCUGGCGCCGAGGUAUUAAUUAAAGUAAGACCAGACAUUGUGGCACCGGUUAUUGAUUCCGUCAAUCGAAAUCAUCAGUUUAGACAGGAAGAUAAUAUCGCGUUUCGUGCAGGUACUUGA